GCCCUGCCUAAUUUGGGCCCCAGGCAAAGCCAGGUAUCCUGCUUGUAUUUAAUAAAUAGAAAACAUAUUUUUGUAAAUUUGUAUUCUGUUGUUCCUUGUGCACAGUGUUGUGGUUUUGAUCCCAAGGUUGUACGUGACAAAUGAAAGGCCGUCUGCUUCACCACAUGGGCUUUCUCCAGGUCCUCUGGUUCCCUCCCACAGAAUUAUUGAAAAUUGUAUGAUGUAUAUGUUAGUCUCGAAAUGACCUAGUUUGUGUCAAUUGGAUGUUAAACCCCAUCUUGAUUUUAGUGUUCCAUCUGCUAAUGUGUCAAAAUGAAGGAACUUUACAGGUUUUUGGUGCCAAUAUUGGUCUUAAUAUUAAUUACAAACUGUGAUGUAGAGAUAAAGGGAGAGUUUAGACCAUGAUCUUGAUGUCCAUCUUUCCUGCACCAACCUGGUUAAUGCAGACUGGCAUAAACCAUACAAUAUGCAACAUGCAUGAAGAUAAUUUUACCCAAGACAGCAGGAGCACUAGGGCCUACCCGAUCAAAAAUGUGAAACUACGUCAUCAUCGGCCUUUUUGUAAAUAAGUGCAGAUAAUUUUCACAUUGUUUUUUUUUUCAAGUUGCGAAACAAAAAGAUGAAAUUAGUCAAGUAUCCAACCAGACCGGGUUUAGACAGUGUGGUCUGUAUCCAAUAGGCAUUUACGUAGUUACUGCCCCUAUAUUUGCUCUUCAAAGUUGAGGCGUAUAAGGUAUGUGUAUUACAGGUACCAAACGGAAAGUAGACAGAUUUUGAAGCCAUUUAAUUAUUGAGGGGUUUUUAUUCUGAAGAGAAGGUUAUCUAAGUAUAUGAUUGAAGACUACACUGGUGUAUAACAGAAUGGAGAUAUCUCAGUUGUUUGGAUUGAUAUCAGCAUCCUCCUUGUUUAUAUACUCCUCCAUAUUUCUUCUAUCAUGGGCAGUUUACAAAAUGUUCUUGUAUCCAUAUCUCUCACCUCUAAAUAAGAUUCCAAGUAAACGUAAUGCAAGUUUUUUGUUUGGAAAUAUGAAAGAGAUCUUUGCAGGCGAGGCCAUUGAUGUUUACAUAAGAUGGAUCGAAGAUCUAAAUUCUUCAAUAAUAAGAUAUUAUCACCUGUUUGGAAAAGAAAGGUUAGUUGUAGCUGAUGCCGACGCCAUGAAACAAAUAAUGGUAACCAAUGGUAAAAACUACGUCAAACCAACUUUUCUCUUUGGAUUAUUUAUAAGAGUAGCAGGCUAUGGGUUGGUUAGUCUGAAUGGAAAGGAACAUCUUACUCAGAGGAAAUUAUGUACUGGUGCUUUUAAAAUAGCAGUCAUAAAAAAUAUGUUGCCGAGUUUUCAAAGACAUGCCGAGGAAUUGAUUGAUAACUGGAGAAAACAAAUUGAGAAGGGAGAUAAUAUAUUAAAAGUUCACCAUGAUCUUCAUAAUGUGACUCUAGAUAUAAUAUGUGAAUGUGGAUUUGGUUAUACAACAGAAGCACUGUGUAAUCCUGAACAACCUGAGACUAAAUCAUUGACCGCCAUUAUGAGUUCUUUUAAACCAAGUUUUUUAAGAAUCAUUGCACCAUUUAUAGCCCUGAAUCUACCAACGGAAGAAAAUAAAUCAUUUAAGGAGAAUAUGAGACGAUGUGAUGAGUUAAUACAUGAUAUCAUUACAAAUAAAAAACAAGAAAUAAACAAACAAGAAGGUAAUAUGGAAGAGCGCUGCACCAAUCUAUUAACAAUGUUGUUAUUUGCGAGAGAUGUUGAUACACAUGAUGGGUUAUCAGAUAAACAGAUUAGGGAUCAUGUUAUGACAUUCAUGUUGGCUGGUCAUGAGACAACUAGUAGUGGUAUGUGUUGGUUUUUGUUGACUAUGGCUCAGAAUCCUGAAAUACAGACAAGACUUCGACAGGAAGUGACAUCAUUAUUGCCAUCUAAAGGUCAACCAAUCACAUUUGAAGAUGUAGAAAAGAUGACUUAUUUAAAUUGCGUAGUGAAAGAAACAUUAAGGUUAUACCCGUCAGCACCUAUGACAUUUAGAGAAGCUGUAAAUGAUGAUAAUAUAAAUGGAUAUUUUAUACCAAAAGGAACUGUAAUAAACAUUCAUGUCGGAGCAUUACACAGGAAUACUAAAUAUUGGAAAGAACCAGAAAAGUUUAUACCAGAACGCUUCCUGGAUGAAAGUAGUAUUCAUCCGUAUUCCUACAUGCCUUUUAUAGCUGGUAGCAGAAUGUGUAUUGGAUAUAAAUUUGCGCUGUUAGAGAUGAAAGUUCUUCUUGCCUUUUUGAUUCGGGAAUUCAAGUUUGAAGUAUUACCUGAUGUCACUUACACAAAAAAGCAGUUGAUCACAAUGAAGCCAAAUCCAUUAUUAGAGUUACAGGCAACCAUUGUUGAUUAUUAAAUUCACACUAUACACUAUUCACACUAAAAGUUAUUACAAUUACUGGCAACUCUGGUUGAGUCCACACUAUAUUCACAAUAAAAGUUAUUACAGUUGAUUAUUAGAUCCACACUAUAUUCACAGUAAUAAUAUAUUUACUAGCAACUCUGGUUGAGUACUGGACCCACACUGUAUUCACAAUAGUAUAGUUACUGGCAGCUCUGGUUAGAGCCACUCUGUAUCAUAUUGAUAAUAAUAGUAGAGUUACUGGCAACCCUGGUUGAAUAUUAUAUUCACUCUAUACGAUAUUCACGAUAAAAGUUAAUACAGUUAUGGCAACUCUUAUUGAUUAUUUGAGUCACACUAUUGAAUAGUCUCACUACAGUUUUGAACCUUUUUAGCACCCUGUCUAUUGUCAACAACAAUCGAGAUUAGUAAUAUUUAUACCCUUAGUACAGGAAAUAUCUUGAUGUCCGAAUUGGCAUAUUCCUGUGGUAGGAUAUGUUCGGCAUCCACAGGCUAAAAACCAACCAUUUUUUUCAGGGAAAUCUAGUGGUUAAUAUCUAUAUGCACUAGGUGCUGUAGGGUUAAUUACCUAAAGCCACAUAAAGGAAAUUAUCAGAAUAAUUCAGAACUGCUGGUUGUACUAGAUCAAGACCUUUUAUAGCUUUGUUUGUUCAAUAGUUACUACUCUAAUUUUGAACACUUGUUGUUGUCCAUCUCUGAAAGAAAACAGGGGUUUGUCUGUCUGUCUCCAUCCUCUAUCAAUCAAACGUUUUAAAACUCCUUAACUCUUUUUCUAAUUGAGGUUGAAUGUUGAAACUUGAUGUAAAUGUUCAUUAGGUAAAUGUCUCGAUUGCAUUCAGUGUUGGGCAUUUGCUUAUUCUUAGGCUAAGCAGGGAUAAGAAAUUUGAUUUUUCUAUGAUUUGGAACAUGACAACUCUUGAUUCUAAUCGUGUCGGACUAAUGAAACUUGCUGUUCUUGUUUGGGAUGAUUAUUAUCAUGUUUUUAUUUGUUUUGGGUGGUAAAUUUCAUGUUGUUACUUGUUGUUUUUGAAGACCAAUUUCAUGUUUUUAUUUAUUGUUUUGGAUAAUCAAUUUAUUUUUUUUAUUUGUUGUUUUAAAUCAUAAAUUUCAUGAUUUUAUUUAUUAUUUUUGAAUCAUAAAUUCCAUGUUUUUAUUUGUUUUGGAUGAUAUAUUAAAUACUCAAUUUGGGUACAUUUUAGCAUGGAUUGAGUUGUGCAAAAUUACCCAAGAAGCAUUUGCACCAAGUUCCCUUUUUCACCUUUACUUAUUAUUCUAACCACAGGCUGAGUUUGACUUUGACUAAAUAAUAUUGUGUAUCUGAACUUGCUAUGAUCCAUAAUAAAAGUUCUGUUAUUUUAUUUGUUAGUAUUUAUCUGGUUAUAUUGAUUAUCUGUUUGCUGUUGUUGUAGAACAUAUUUGUUGCAUUGAUUUUGUUGUAGAACUUGGUUUUAUGCAAUCCAUUAUAUUGGCAUUAAUGGGAAAGGGGUUUAAUAUAGCCUAUGCCUGUUCCCUAAUCCCUAUUCAGAUACAAAUCUGAAUAAAAGUAUUGAUAAUUAAUUAUAUAACAUCCUUGUAAUUAAUUACUUAUAUAACAACUUUGUAAUUAAUUAUAUAACAAAUUUGCAAUUAAUUAUAUAACAAAUUUGCAAUUAAUUAUAUAACAACUUUGUUUUUAAUUAUAUAACAAUGUUGUAAAUAAAUAAUUAAAUAACAACUUAGGAAAUAAUUAAUUAUACAACAACUUUCUAAUUAA